AUGGCAGCCAUCCAGACUUCAAGAAACAGUCACGUGAAGACUAGAGCAUCUGUCAGAAAAAGUUUCAGUGAAGAUGUGUUCCAGUCGGUCAAGUCUUUAUUACAGAGUGAGAAGGAACUAUGCAGUGUAUCAGCGGAGGACUGUUUAAAGCAGGAGGAACAUGCCAAUUUGACUGAGGUCACAUUUCUAGGUUUUAAUGAAGAAACAGAUGCCGCUCACAUACAGGAUUUAGCUGCAGUUUCUUUGGAACUUCCAGAUCUUCUGAAUUCACUGCACUUCUGCAGUCUAAAUGAAAAUGAAAUUAUUUGUAUGAAGGAUAUAAAUAAAUCAUCAGAUGGAAACAAUGGUUCUCCAAAUCAGAGUCACCAUUCUGGAAUGCUCUGUGUCAUGAGAGUGUCACCUACAUUACCAAGGCUCAGAAUUGAUUUUAUCUUUAGCCUGCUAAGUAAAUACGCUACUGGUAUAAGAUAUACCCUGGACACAUACUUGCAUCAGAAACGCCAACUUGAGACUGCUCAGGAAGAUGAUGACGACACCAACCAGUCCGUGUCUUCCAUAGAGGAUGACUUUGUCACUGCUUUUGAGCACUUAGAGGAAGAAGAGCCUUUAAAGCCAUUUACUGAUGGAAUAAACAUUGCUGCACUAAGGAGCCAGUGUGAUGCUGCUUCACAGACUUCUUCUGGUCACCAUCUAGAAACCCAUGAUUUAAGAAUUCUGGUUAGCUCUGGGAGGCAGAAGUCAUUGGCUAAACCUUCAACUUCUUUAAUAAAUAUGCUGGGACAUAAAGAACUACCUUCUGUGAAAACUUCAGUCACAACACUAAUUUCUGAGCCUUGGAUCCAAAAGAGUUUCUAUAGAUCAUCUAAUGCUUCAGAUAAAGUUAGUGAUACACAGAAAAUGUUUUUUUCUUCUUCUCCUGCCUAUUCCUCUGAAUCUGAAUGCUCAAGUCCAAGUCCUGUUAUUUUCUUGGAUGAAGAAGGAUAUCAAAAAAGUUUAAAAGCAAAACUUGAGUUACCUAAAAUUCCCGUGAUGAAAGAUGAUAUAGAGGAUUCAGAUUCAGAAGUAAGUGAAUUUUUUGAUAGUUUUGAUCAGUUUGAUGAGUUAGAACAAACUUUAGAGACUUCUUGUCCAUUUCUGAAAGAUCCUGUUGUAGGGAAGCCGUCGCAAAAGAAAGGACACAAACAUGAAAAAUCUUGUUCUGUAACUACUACUAUGAAUCCUCAAAAAUUCAAGUUUGAGCGUCCAGCUCUCCCAGCUAACGUUAGAAAGCCAACUCCUCGUAAACCAGAAUCCCCUUACAGUAAUCUGUGUGAUGCCCCGGAUUCACCUCGCCCAGUGAAGGCGUCAGGGGAGGACAGUGGUUUGUUUAGCCCUAUUCGAUCCUCUGCCUUUAGCCCUCUUGGAGGUUGUACUCCUGCUGAAUGUUUUUGCCAAACAGAUAUUGGUGGAGAUAGGAUUCAUGAAGAUCAUGAUUCUGUUUAUUACACCUAUGAGGAUUAUGCAAAUAGCAUCUCAUGUAAGGUUCUGGGCUCUGUUCUUCAUACCCAACAUACUAAUGCCACAUCAAACAUUAAUAGCAUUAAGAAGGGAGAAAAUAAAACCAUAGCUCUUCACAGUGGAAGCCUUGAUCAAAAAAGUAAAUCUAAAAAUAAAUCCUUGAUGAUUAAAGAUACUAUUCAGAAAUUUGCCUCGGACCUUGUGGAAAAAAGUUUUGGCAGUGCAUUUAAAGACUUACAGAAAGGAGUCUCUUCGUGUACCAAUGCGUUGUGUCACCUGGCUAUCAAAUUGACAUCCUCUGUUUUUCAGAUGGCAUUUAACGAACUGAGAAGGCAGUGUGCGUUUUCACUGAGAGAACGUGCUGUUAGUGGUCUGGCUAAUUUUUUGGUGAGUGAAGCUUUAUCAAAUGCUUUCAGGGAUUUACAGUAUGUAAAAAAGCAGAUAUUCACAAACACAGUCGCUCGGUUUGCUGCGGAUCUUGCUGAAGAGCUUGUUUUUGAAGGCAUCAUGGAGGUGUGUCAGUUUUCCUGUCCCCCAACACCCGCAUCUCCACAGUGUUGGCCGUUUGACUAUGAAGACAAAGCAGUGAAGUCCUACGCUAAAGACCUGUCUGAGUCUGUAUUACAGGAAGCGUUCAUCGAGCUUUCACAAGCCGGCGUGACCUUCUCAACCAAGGCAGCAGUUAGUGUUUCCACAGAUACCAUAAAGGAUGCCAGUGCAGGAAAUUUAGCGCCACCGACACAGACCUUGACGUUUUCCCCUGCUUUUAACAACCAGACCCUCAUGGAGACAAAACCCAUGCAGGAACAUAAAAAGGAAUACACAGUACAGCAGGCCUUGUUUUGUACUUCUGGAAUUGUUACUUCGAUACCAGUACCCUUGGCAGGAAGUGCCCUUCUCCCAUAUCAUAUCUCAUCUAAUAUAUAUCAGUCAAAAUCUCGUCGGUCAUCGGAUGAUAGUAAUUUGAAUGGCGAUUCUAUCCAGACAUGUGUUACCACAAAAAACAAAGACGAGGAAGUAGCGUGUCUCAGAAAUAUUUGUUUACCCUCAGACCACAAUCCAGGUAACCAGAAUGAUUUUAAACCAACUAAUGAUGCUGCUGAAGUGCAGAGCUCUUCAAAGUUAACAAGUGAUCCUGUGAUUAUUAACAACUUUUCUGCAGCAAUGGUGCAUACGAUUGUAAGUGAAACUUUAGAGUCAAUGACAUCAUUCAAAUGUACAAAAACAGUUGAUGAACAAACAGAUGGUGUAACUAAAACAGUAAAGGGAGAAACCCUUCCUUUCUGUUCUGAUCAAGCAACAGUGCAACAGAGAGAAGUUAGCAAUAAGGAUAUGUUUGCUGAUCGAUUAUCUAAAUCUAUUAUUAAACAUUCCAUCGAUAAAAGCAAAUCAGCGAUCUCAAAUGUAGAUAAAAAUGCUGAACGCAAGGAAGACUUGCUUGUUCCUGGAGAAGAGUCACAGUUGACCUUGGAAAAGUUCCCCAAAUUUCUCGAUGCUCAAGAUCACUUAACCCCCUGUUCACUUUCAGUAGGAAAGGACUGUGUUCCAGAAUGUAAAGGUUCUAUAGCUCAUGGAUUUUCUUUAGAGACACCGCAGCCUUGUCCGACAAUUGUGGGUCAGAAACCUGAUUUGAAGGAAGUUGCUAAAGACAAAUCCAUGAAAAAGGAUAAUUUGAAUAAUGCAGCACUUGAGCCCUUGUGUUUUGGUCAAGACCACCCUUGUCCUCAUUCACAUACUUUCUCCUCUACAGUGCUUACGUGUGUAGAUGGUUUGCACGUGGAAGAUAAACAGAAGAUUAGAGACGGCAAUGUGAUACCCGAUACUCCUCCAUCCACUCCUCUAGUACCAUCCCAGGCUAGUUCUGAAUGGGAUAUCAAGAAGUUGACCAAAAAGCUCAAGGGGGAAUUGGCAAAAGAAUUCGCACCUGCUACACCACCCUCUACACCUCACAACUCAUCUGUUGGUAGUUUGUCUGAAAGUGAACAAAAUACUAUAGAAAAAGAAGAGUUCAUGUUGAAACUCAUGCGAUCUCUUUCAGAAGAAGUGGAAAGCAGUGAAGACGAAGAGCAUCCAGAAGUGGAUGUGAAGUCAGAGCACUCAGGGAAGAAAGUUCAGUUUGCGGAAUCGUUAGCUACGCACAUCAUUUCUCUGGCCACAGAAAUGGCAGCUUCCCAUUUAGAUAAUAAAGUAACUCAGGAACCCAAGGUUAAAAGCCCUUGCUUAACUGUGAAGAGUCAAAGAAGUGUGUCACCUACUGCUUUAAGUCACUCAGAGGAAAACUUACAAAUAUUAUGCAAUUUUGCAGGUGACCUGGCAGCAGAAGUCAUUACGGAGGCUGAGAAAAUAGCAAAAGUUAGAAGCUGUGUGCUUUUCAGGCAAAGGAGGAAUAGUUGUUACGUGGACGGUGGCCGAGACGAUAGAUCAGAAGAGAAGUUGGAGAUGGAGGCUCUGGCAGACCCCAAAGAAGUAGAUCCAUCCAGUCUUUCAUUACCACCAAGUUCUUGCGUGUCUGGUCUGACGUACAAGUAUCCCAGCUGUGAAAGCGUGACAGACGAAUAUGCAGGUCACAUUAUCCAAGUGCUCAAACAGGAAGGUGGUAAUAGUGAGUUAAUAAUGGAUCAGUAUGCCAAUAGACUUGCCUAUCGAUCUGUUAAGUCGGGAUUACGAGAAGCAGCGAAGGCAGCCCAAAUGAAGUGCAGCUCAAAAAUGUUCUCCGUGCAGAGCUCACAGGUGACAACCAAGAACGACCUCUUAAUAUUCUUAAAUAAAGAACACCACCAAGAAGUGGAUCACGAACGACAAAGUAAAAGAAGUGGAGUUUACCUUUGCAAAAAUAAAACUUGUGAAUGGACGCUGGAUACAUACAAAAAUGACUGCUCUGAACUGUAUAGUUUUUCAGCCUCUCUUGCUCACAGCAUAACAAGAGAUGUUAAAAAAGAGCUGACAGUGUCUACAGUUGGCUUGCCAAAAUCCUUAACAGAUUCUUGCCUUUAUGAAAAGUCUGGACGUGAUGAAGAAACCAGAUCGCCCGCUGAGCCAGAAUUUCCUCAGGCUCUUCAGCCUUCCCCGCAAAAUCACAGAUUUUACCACAGUACAGGCAGCUUAAAUGGGUUUGGUUAUGGAGAGAGUGUGGUUCAAGCUAUAGAACAGUAUGCGAAAAAAGUAGUGGAUGAUACCUUAGAGCUCAGUUUAGGAUCUGCAGUUUUCCAUACGUCUGAGUCCACAAAAGCAGCUGAUAGGGUCACUUAUGCAGAAAAGUUGUCACCUCUUAUAAGUCAACCCUGCAGAUAUUGUGACCGUAAAGAACUGCAUGACUGCACUGGAAAUUCAUCUCAACAUGUUUCCAGGCAGGAUUCACUUGCUACUAGUCAGCCAGCUUCUAAAUCAAAACUUAGCAACAUCUAUCAGGAAUCUAGAAUUUUUCAUCUUGAUGUCCCACAAAUUCAUGUUGGUCUUGAUAAGAAGACAGUGCUUGCUGAGAAGAUAGUUGCUGAAGCUAUUGAAAAAGCAGAGAGGGAACUGAGCAAUACCAGUUUGGUGGCUGAUAGCGGGAUUGGACAGGAUGGCGUUAGCUUUGCUGAAAGCCUUACCACAGAAAUAAUGACGUCGGCGAUGACCAAUGUUGGACGUGCUGUUAGCAGUCCAAAAGAAAUAGAAGACUUUCAGUCAACUGAGUCUCUGGGCAGCCAGCAGCUGAACCUCAGUAUUGGUGAUGACAGCACUGGCAGCUGGUCCAAUUUAAGUUUUGAAGAUGAACACCAGGAUGAGAGCAGCAGUUUUCAUCACCUAAGUGAAAGUAAUGGUAACAGCAGUAGCUGGAGCAGUCUUGGUUUAGAAGGAGAUUUGUAUGAGGACAAUUUAUCCUUUCCAACAACAGACAGUGAUGGGCCAGAUGAUAAAGAUGAAGAUCAUGAGGAUGAUGUAGAAGGUUUGGAGCAAGACCGAAAGAUUCUGCUCAUUACAAAUAUCGACAUGGAGCCGUGCACAGUAGACCCCCAGCUAAGGAUUAUCCUUCAGUGGCUCGUCGCUUCGGAGGCUGAAGUGGCAGAACUUUGUCUUCAUGACUCUGCGAAGAAGGAGUUUAUACAACUUUCAAAACGACUACAAGGAAAGGGAUGGAAGGUGGGGGACCUCCUGCAGGCUGUGCUGCGGUACUAUGACAUGCGGGAGAAGACGCCUGGGGAGGAGAGGUGCAAGUCACUGUUUGACUGGCUCUUGGAAAACGCAUAG